AUGGUUGGUGUUUCAUUAAAUGAUAAUGAGAAUUUAAAGAAAAAUGUACCUACAGCUGAAGAUCAACAACAAAUUAAUAAAUUUGCCCGUUUACACAAAUCUUAUUUGGAAAAUAAAGGUCAAUUAGCCUUUUUACAAAAUACGGCACAAAAUUUGACUGAUGCUGAAAAUGAAGUUAUGCUUAUGGAAGAUGGACAAUUAAAUGUUCCGAUACUUGUUGGGUCUAUUUUUGUUCAUCAAGAUCAGGUAGAGUUUAAAUUGAAGGAUAGAAAUUAG